AUGAAGAUGUUUGUUAUUGACAGGUUAGCCAUAUCCAGUCUGCCCUCAGGUUACAUGAUUGACAGACUAGGGAGUAGCAGAUCUGCAAUUAUCCUGAGCCUAACGGCGUUGCUUGGGUGUAUCCUGUCCACUAUAGGAGCCAUGUCACAUUCUCCUACUUCUGUACCAAUGUACUUGACGAUGGUUGCUGGGCGAAGCAUAAUGGCCGUUGGGGGCGGGUCACUCAGAUGUUUUCCUCAAGUUGGUGGGUGCAUUGAUGGUACGUUUAUACCAAUCCAGGGACCAUGUGAGAAUGAAGAAGAUUUUGUGAAUAGAAAAGGGUUCCACUCUUUAAACAUACAGCCUGGAAGCGUGCAUGACGCAAGAAUGUUUCGGGAUAGCCACUUGCGUACUAAUUUUGAGAAUGGAACUUUUAAUGGGUUUCUGCUAGGAGAUUCAGCAUAUCUCUGUUCAAAUUACCUGAUGACUCCAUACAACACACCUGACACAAGGAGCAAGCAGAAAUUCAACAAUGCUUUAUGCCGAACACGUGUAACAAUAGAACAGACCUUUGGCAUUUUAAAGCGUCGAUUUUCCUGUUUGCAUACUGGUUUAAGGGUACAGCCACAGAAGGCUGCUACAAUUGUCUUUCGUGCGUAG